CCUUGUAAUCAUAGCAGCCUGGCUGCUGAAACACUUAUAUCUGUCAAAAAACAACUUGGAGUGUUCAGUUCAGACUGCUUACGAAAAUAAUAAAAAAAAAAUGAUUCCAAGCGUUGUUCCCCCUCUCAAGUACAAAUGGACCAAAGCAUAUCUGUUACGUCCCAUCGAUAACAUUAUAUCGCAUCCUGAUGCGCUGCGUAAACGUCCAUUCAGACCCUCAUAUGAGUCGCACGGAGCUCCCUGUAUGCUGUGUUUACUGCAAUAUGACUACUUUCGUAUCUGGAAAUGCGAACAUUCCAAAUUUCAAGCCUGCAAAUGCACCAGAGCUAAAGCACCGAAGAAGAAAUUUUCGCCCUACCGUAAGAAACCGAUCCGAGGGACGUACUGCGGGGGAGCAUGUGGUCAGCAGCUUUCGCAAAAGCCGCGCUUUAUUAUGAAGAAGUUCCGAUCGGUUCCCGGCAGGGUGGAUUGCCACCGCUGUCAGCCCUGUCAACCGAUGGCCAUUGCUGGAUCAGGAUGUUAAGACGGUUGGAGGCAAAUACAACCAUAAUUUUGCAGAUUAAUAAAAUUUUACGUGUUGAGUUCAAAUAAUAAAC